CGCAGUAGAGUAGCACACACUACGUUUGGGUCCAUCCCAGACCUGAAAAGUUAUGUUGAGGGCCGCUGACGCGAUCGUUGUAGACGAAAACUUUGGCCCGAAAGCGCAAGAGAAAAAAGAAAAUAUGCCUGCUUUACAAAGCACUAAUAUCCUGUCCCACCAGCGGUAUUGUAUAUCGCUGGGUCCAGGGCCUCAGUGGUGCUCCGAUGAGCCCCGCGCCGCCUGUGUGUCAUUCGUGGCAGAGGGCAGCGGCGUGGGGGUUAUAACAGAGCCCCCUGUCAAUGCCAAAAGCCUGUUCACCAAGGGAGACAACUCUUCCCCUGACAAGGACAAUCAUCCAACUCUCAAUGUCAAUGUGAACACUUUGGUAGGAACAAGUCACCUAGCAUCUAGUGUGAGUUUUGUGGUUACACUAGCCGAGCAACUACAGGUCACCUGGGAAACACUUCUCACCAACGGAAAACUGUAUGUGGAGGUCCCGCCCGGGAUUCUUCCUGAGGGAUCAAAACAGAGUCUGGUCACCUUGCUAGAGUAUGCUGAGGAGAAACUGCACUGCGGACAUGUGAUUCUCUGCUUCAGGAAAAACCGUUCGGACAAAGCUUCCCUGAUCAGAGCCUUCAUGUUCAUGGGUUUCACCAUGGCAACCCCAGGAGACCCUCUGGUUCCCAACGUGGCAGACCUCCUCUACAUGGUCUACACGAUUGAACCGGAUGAUCUUGGCUAGACAAUAUUUGAUUGGACAGAGCAGGCCACAUGAAGGCAUAUGAUUGGUCAGUUAUCCCUGAUUCCAAAACAGAAUGCUGCGACAGUAUACUGUUUGGGGGAGCAAUACCUAUAUGGCGGGAGCUGACUGAACAAUCAAGUUGCCUCUGUAGAACCGGCUUUUGGCAUUAUGCUUAUUCUGCCCCCUAAAACACUUUUGAUGUAUUUUAUAUUGUCAAGUUUGUAUAAUUUUCCAUUUUAUUCAGAAAAAAAGUUGCCUGAAUCUGUGUAACCUUGGGUACAAUACUAACUUAAUGUGUGUAAUAGUGAUGAAAGUGAGAUCAAUUAAUUUGAAAAUUUUAACAUUAAUAUGAAAGAAAUCAUAUAGAUAAAAGAAUGUUAACAUGAUGCAAGAGAGACGAAAACCUUCGCUUUCUUAGUGGAGUAUUAUUUUUCAUUAAAGAAAAUAUAAGUUCUGUGUUGACAGGAAAUCUGUUUUACUGUAUAAUGAUCAAAGUUAAGAUAGACGCAAGAACAAAAGCCCUGAACAAAGCCUUCCUGUAUUGGUCACACACUCUGUGUCAAUUCAUGUGAUAGUUGGGUUUUAUCAGGGAAUACAACAAAAAAAAUGGAAAUUGAACAAAAACAAAUGCCCAAGUUUUUACAGAUGUCAUCAACUUUCCAUUGCCCCUGUCACGAGUCGACACACAUUAUAUAGAAAAAAAAAUACAAAAAAAAAGUGAAAAAAUUCAUAAAAAAAGUAAAAAAAAAAAAAAGAGAAACACGAUGGGAUACGAUUACUUUGUAAAGCAGGCAUGGAGGACUCGUCUCUUCAUGUCAUUUUUUUUCUUAUUAUUGUAGUUUUUUUUUUUUUCAUUCACAUUCUAAAUUCAUUGAUAUAUGAUGUCUUGAAAACUUGUAGAAUGCAAAUUUAAAGUGUGAAGAACAAAACCGUUUGUAUUCAUUUAAACUCUUUGUACGCAAAUUAUUGUAAGAGCUCUUCUGAAAAAAAGUACCCUUGAUAUCUAUUAAUGGCAAAAAAGCUUGCCUCAUUGGCAGUUGGUAUGUUUCAACUACUUUUAUCAUCAUUCCAGAGCAAGAUCAAUUAUAUAUAUAUAUUUGUAGUUUGGAUUUAGAUCCCUAUUUUUAUGAAACCAUUUGACUUGAGAUUCGUCACAGUAACUUAACAUUAGAAUUUACUGUUUUGAGUGAACACAUCGUUUGACUUCAAUCUACCAAUGUUUUUAUGUGAAAUUUUCAGUGUAAUAAAAAUUGCAAAAAUGUAAA